UUCCAGUGGGGAGAGAAGGAGGAAGCAGGGAGCGGGGCGGUUGGCGGGGACCCACCGCGGCUUCUGCCACCGCCGCCACCACCAUCUCUGUGCUCGUGGCGUGGGAAAGGAGGUGUGAAUCCCGGGCGUGAGCCGGCGGCGGCGCCGCUGCGGGAAGGUCGGCGGUGGGAAGGCGAUGGCGGAUAUAGAUAAACUCAACAUCGACAGCAUCAUCCAACGGCUGCUGGAAGUGAGAGGGUCCAAGCCUGGUAAAAAUGUCCAGCUACAGGAGAAUGAAAUCAGAGGACUGUGCUUAAAGUCCCGAGAGAUCUUUCUCAGUCAGCCUAUCCUGCUAGAACUUGAAGCACCACUCAAGAUAUGUGGUGAUAUCCAUGGGCAAUACUAUGAUUUGCUUCGACUUUUUGAGUAUGGUGGUUUCCCGCCAGAAAGCAAUUACCUGUUUCUUGGGGACUAUGCGGACAGGGGAAAACAAUCACUGGAGACUAUCUGCCUCUUGUUGGCUUACAAAAUCAAAUAUCCCGAGAAUUUUUUUCUUCUCAGAGGAAACCACGAAUGUGCCAGCAUCAAUAGAAUAUAUGGAUUUUAUGAUGAAUGUAAAAGAAGAUAUAAAAUUAAACUAUGGAAAACUUUCACAGACUGCUUUAACUGUUUACCGAUAGCAGCCAUCGUGGAUGAGAAAAUAUUCUGCUGUCAUGGAGGUUUAUCACCAGAUCUUCAAUCUAUGGAGCAGAUUCGGCGAAUUAUGCGACCAACUGAUGUACCAGAUCAAGGUCUUCUUUGUGAUCUUUUGUGGUCUGACCCCGAUAAAGAUGUCUUAGGCUGGGGUGAAAAUGACAGAGGAGUGUCCUUCACAUUUGGUGCAGAAGUGGUUGCAAAAUUUCUCCAUAAGCAUGAUUUGGAUCUUAUAUGUAGAGCCCAUCAGGUGGUUGAAGAUGGAUAUGAAUUUUUUGCAAAGAGGCAGUUGGUCACUCUGUUUUCUGCGCCCAAUUAUUGUGGAGAGUUUGACAAUGCAGGUGCCAUGAUGAGUGUGGACGAAACACUAAUGUGUUCUUUUCAGAUUUUAAAGCCUGCAGAGAAAAAGAAGCCAAAUGCCACGAGACCUGUCACACCUCCAAGGGGUAUGAUCACAAAGCAAGCAAAGAAAUAGAUGUCAUUUUGAUACUGCCUAGUUGGGACUUGUAACAUAUAGUACAUAACCUUCAUUUUUAAAACUGUAAUGUGUGUUGGUCAGCUUGCUCAAAUAGUGUUUGUGGGGCUCCCCCUUCCAUUUUUGACUUAAUGAAUGGUAUUUGCUGGUUAUAACAGCAAAUGACAGAUUCUCCACUCCCAAGGAAAAAUGUUUUGUUUAGUUCCCUGUUCCUUUUACAAACAACAUUAAUGAUGGUGUUAAAGCUGUACACUCAGGACAGUGUCCCCUGUCUAAGGGGUGAGUGUACAA